AGCUUCUAGGAGAUUCUGGUCCACACUCAUCGCGACCCACCAAAACUUCUCUCUCCAUCUCAUCUCUGCGCGCUCAAGCUUCUUCAGCCACGAUCAUGUAGAUGGACUUCAGUCAAUCGCAACUCAACUAGAAUUUCAAUCUCUAGGAAUCUCGAAAUAUUCUCUCUCCUACGACUUUCAUGGCGCAAUGUCAUUGGAUCGCUCUCUCCUUCGCUCUCUCCUUUCUCGUUCGCGUUCUCAACGCUAGUGCCGGCGAUUCUGAUCCACUCUACAAGGCAUGCAUAGAACAGUGUGAGAAGACUGGAUGUGUCGGGGACAAGUGCUUCCAACACUGUAAACUAUCUUCUGAUGGGAAUCCUAUUGGUGGUCCAUGGUAUCUGCAAGAACCGCUCUAUCUGCGGUGGAAGCAGUGGGAUUGCCGCAGUGACUGUAGGUACCACUGUAUGCUUGCUAGGGAAGAAGAAAGAGAGGAACUUGGUGACAAGCCUGUCAAAUAUCAUGGAAAAUGGCCAUUCCGGCGUGUAUAUGGAAUUCAGGAACCUGUUUCUGUUGCUCUAGCCACACUCAAUCUUGCUAUGCAAUUUCAUGGUUGGGUGUCAUUUCUCAUCCUUCUUUAUUACAAGUUGCCUUUAAGGCCAGAUAAGAAGACAUUCUAUGAAUAUACUGGCUUAUGGCAUAUCUAUGGGAUCUUAGCAAUGAAUGCCUGGUUCUGGAAUGCUGUUUUCCACAGUCGAGAUGUGGAUUUGACAGAGAAACUAGAUUAUUCUUCUGGGGUGGCAUUACUUGGAUUUACCCUUAUUCUGGCCAUACUGCGAGCUUUCAAUGUGAGAGAUGAGGCUGCCAGGGUCAUGAUUGCUGCUCCACUGAUGGCUUUUGUGACUACCCAUAUCUUGUAUCUGAACUUCUACAAACUUGAUUAUGGUAACCCCUCUUCCAAUAUCCUCCAUUUGUUGAACUUAUGCAGCAUUGUACAUCACUAUACAAAACUACCAGCACAAUUACAUUUAGUUAUGGAAUAUUGCCUUGAAUAUGAUAUGUGCCAACAUAGCACAGACUCUUCUAUUAUUUAUCAAAAAAAAAAAAAAAGGGCACAGACUCUUCUAUCUGGACCACAAUUUUGUGUGGUCCCAAACUACUUUAGUUGGAUAUAUGUAUGCUUGAGAUUGGCUGUACAAACUUCUUUUGGCACUUUUCUCUAUCUAUGGCCAUUUCUGUUAUGUCUUUUCUUAUAAUCAUUGUUUUUUUUCUUUGGAGAGCCUCUCAUCCUCCUCAUUGAACAUUCAACUUUGAGCAUUUCACUUACGGGUUUUGGUAGUGGUCCCUGUUGCACACAACUAAACCAUCUUGUCUAUCUCUCAUCUUGUCUUCCACUAGUAUGACGUCUACUGUCUUGCUGGUGUGUUAAUUUUUAAUUCUAUCCCAGACAUAUUGUGCUGUGCAUCCAUUUCAACAUCCUUAUUUCAGCUUUUACUGACUUUGUCAACAACUUAUAGAAGCAGAUAGGGUGGGCAUAACUUGGUUAGAGAAUAUGUAUCCAUGUUGGAAGCCUAAAGCUAAGCUCAUGGUUUGAAAGAAGUGUUCGUGAUAGUAUUCGUAUCCCUUGGUUGCUUUAUUUGUUGGAAUUUAAUUGUUAAUGUUUUUACAUUUGAAAGUGGGGAAAAUUUGAGUUAAUGUAGUAGGAACUGUUUUCAGUACUGUGGGGAAUUAUUUUGCAGUUUACUUGUGUAGCACUGUAAGAUUUACACCACUUCAGCAUUGGACUGCUAAUUGCUUUUGCAUCCUUUUUUUUUUCUUUUCUUAAGUUUUAAGUUUGAUGUAAGGACUAGGGUUAAUUGUUAUUAUGUUAAUUUGGUUCUUAGACUAUAGGAGGGUUGCAAUACCUUGGGUUAGGUCAACUGAGAUCUGUAGUUGUAAAGCUUAUUUAGAAGCUGUGAUUCUCUCUCUCUCUCUCUCUCUCUCUCUAAACCUAUUUAUUCUGAUAGGGAAAAAUGAUAUAAAUAGGCUCCCUAUACAGAAAAAAGGGAGUGCAACUCUCUAGUGCUUGAGACUAUCAAUUACUUAUUUUUCUCCUUUUCUCUUAAUCUGUUUUUAAUUAUACAGUGUUUAGUGGCUGAGACAAGAGCACACGUUGAACAAUCAAAAUAGUUACCAGAAUCCUAAUUCUAAAUCCUCUUACAAACUCCAGUCCAUCCUUAAACAAAUCUACAGCAAAGCUUAACCUUAAUCUCCUGUUACACUGCUGGAUUUUGAAAGACCUUACCAAAAUCCUAAUUUCUAAAUCCUUUUUUCCCUAUUUCAGUUCAUCCUUAAACAUAUCUAUGGCAAAGCUUGACCUUGUUCUCUUGUUAUUUUGAAAUAUUUUGCAUUAGUUAAAGCUUGCUUGGCAAUUAUAACCUGUAAAACAAUCUAUGGAAUUGAUAUUUUCUUGGCAUAGCAAACUUAUAUCAUCUCCAUAAAGAAAAAAAAUGCAUGACACAAACUAAUUGUAGCAGCUUAUGACAUUGUCUUGAUGAUUAUGUGAUUUUUUACAUCAAUGGGUUUGAUAUUACAUCUUCAAGAGCACUCUAAAUAAGGAUAAACUAGUCAAAAUAAUUUAUUUAACUUGGUAAUUUUCCUUAUUAUAGGUGUGCAUGGAUUCUAAAAUUUCUCAUGUAUGCCCAGAUUUAUCUUCACUUUUGUUAACAAACAUGUGGUUUAACUUGUAUCUAUGCACCAGAUGUUUAGGAACUUUUACUGUCUGCCACUGUCUUCUCUAGUGAUAUCCAAGGACUGGUAUAUUGCAAUUUGGUCUGGAUUUGGAGGAUAUCAAAAUACAGACAUGAAAUUUUGUUUUGUUAAUAUGAAGUUGUAGGAAAAUGGUCUGACUCCAAUAGAAAAUAUUGCAGGUUUGAACAUGAAAGUGUGUUUGACCAUGGGCAUAGCUCAACUUCUUUUGUGGACGGUGUGGGCUGGUGUCACUCAUCAUCCAUCACGCUGGAAGUUGUGGGUGGUAGUUGUGGGAGGAGCUUUAGCCAUGUUCUUGGAAAUAUAUGAUUUUCCACCCUACUGGGGAUUUGUGGAUGCCCAUGCUGUUUGGCAUGCCCUUGCCAUCCCUUUUACCUAUCUUUGGUGGAGCUUUGUCAAGGAUGACAGCGAGUUCAGAACAUCAGCUCUCAUGAAGAAAGUGAAGUAGCAUCGCUUGACCCGCAUCUUGUAUGACUUGCUCACAUAUCUGCUAAUUUGUAAGAAAACCUUCUCCUUUUCCUCAUGUGCAUGCUUUGCAUGCUAUGAUGGUCCCUUCCUUCUACUUUCAGUUGGUGAAAGUCAAGACUCUUGUUUGUUGGCUCUCGUUUGUUUUCCCACGGAAUGUGCUAAAUUCAGUUCUGUGAUGGAAUGUACAUUUCAGACAACUCCAUUUUGUGUAAUUUUUCAUUCAGUGUAUAAAAGGAAUUGCAAUCACCAAGUGGAAUAAAAUCUUCUGUAAAAUUUUUGA